AUGACGACCGUCGUCCCCGGCGUCCCGCCGCUUCGACCGCCCGGGGUCGCGACGCGGCCGCGCGUCGGCCGCCGCGCGCGAUCGCGCGCCGCGACCGCGUGGCGCGUCGCGUCCAACCCCGCGGCGCGCCUCGGCGGCGGCGCCCGCGGCGCGCUCGCCGGCGGCGUCCGGCUCUUCGCUGAUUCGCGCUCGCGGACGACGUCGUCGCCGCCGCUCGCGUCGACGUCGACGUCGCGCGGGUUCCCGACCGCGCGCGCGUCUCCGCGACGCGAGACGCGAACGCGCGCGAUCGGCACGGAGACGAGAGCGGAGACGGAGUGCGCGGACGGGGACGAGAACUGCGUCCCCCCUCCCGGCGCCGUCCCGCUCGACGCGACCGCGACCGACGGCGUCGACGCCGUCGCCGCGGAGGCGCGCGGGACGAUGACGCGGAAAACCAACAACGUCGCGUUCGUGGACAAGCUCCGCGUGGACGACGCGACCACGGCGGCGAUGAAGAAGCGCAGCGAGGCGUACGCGACGCUGGACGACAUCGUCCUGGACUUUGACCCGUCGCUGGACACCGCGCAGAAGCUCCUCCUCAUCGGGGGGUACUUCUCGUCCUCCCCGACGGAGGUGGCGACGCGGCUCGCCGAGGUCACCGCCGUCGCCGCGCGCCUGUACGCGGUGUGGACGUGGGAGGAGAAGACCAACGUCCCCGACGGGUCUCGAACCCGCGCGAGCACGCUGCGGGACGGGAUCGCGGGGUUGGGCCCGGUGUUCGUGAAGAUGGCGCAGGCGCGUUCUGAUUCACGCCGGUCCCCGUACGACGGCGUCGGCGUCGUGAACGCCGUUCCUUAA